GGUGGCUUGAGAUCCAAUGCAACAAAAGAAUAUAUCUAGCUUAAAACCCUUUAGAACACAGACGGUCUUUCUCUAAUUUACUAUAGCGGCCACUAACUGCCUUGUUUUUCUAACAAUGUGUCAAUAUCGCAAAAUGAACUCGCUAACAACCUGUUGUCGUAUUCGCGUGGCUGUUGUCAUCAACCAGAAACAGGUGUGUUGAGAACUCGAUCUGGAGGAAUUACAAGCGCUUAUUUCAGGGAGCGCUCGGUAAGCCACGCCCCAGUGGGCAGAGCUAGGCAUGUUGGACUGGGACACGUUUUAAUAUAAUAUAAAGCCUCUUAUUUUAAAAGUCCGCCAUGGUUCUCUUUAGCCUAUGUAACGGAUGUGAAAUGGCUAGCUAGUUAGCGGGUGCGCGCUAGUAGCAUUUCAAUCAGUUACGUCACUUGCUCUGAGACAUUAAGUAGGGUUGCCCCUUGCUCUGCAAGGGCCUCGGCCUUUGUGGAGCGAUGGGUUACGACCGUGCUUCGUGGGCAACCGUUGUUGGUGUGUGCAGAGGGUCCCUGGUUCGCGCCCGUGUCGAGGGGACGACGUAAAGUUAUACUGUUACAUUGAUGCUGUUGACCCGGAUCACUGGUUGCUGCGGAAAAGGAGGAGGUUGAAAGGGGGGUGAGUGUAACGGAUGUGAAAUGGCUAGCUAGUUAGCGGGUGCGCGCUAGUAGCAUUUCAAUCAGUUACGUCACUUGCUCUGAGACAUUAAGUAGGGUUGCCCCUUGCUCUGCAAGGGCCGCGGCCUUUGUGGAGCGAUGGGUAACGAUGCUUUGCGGGCAACCGUUGUUGAUGUGUGCAGAGGGUCCCUGGUUCGCGCCCGUGUUGGGGCGAGGGGACGCCGUAAAGUUAUGCUGUUACACCUAGUUAUGUUAAUAUAUUUGCAGUUAAUAAGUAAAAUAUCUUUGAGUAGUAAACAUGGAAACAACGAGUCCCAGGCAGUUCACAGUAGAACAUAAAUAAUGUAUUAGGCUACCUAAAUUAUUGGGAUCAUCAGGUUACCACAAGGCUUUGGAAUACAUAGGGCUCGUUGACAAAACAGACAAUGGAAUGCUUUUUCCCAUGAAGGUCUGUGGUCGGUCUGUGUAAAUAAUGUGUUUAUAUUAGACAGGUUGAUAGCAGUGAAUCUAUUCAUUUACUCUGAUAAUAUUUUUAAGUAGAAGCCAUAUCAGCCAGGGUAAAUAAUUGUUCUCACUUUCAUAGAAUAUUAACAUUUGUUUGCCUGACUGUGGGGCUCUUUACCUGAAUUAGUAGGAUUUUCUUGUGAUCACAUCAUAACUACUUAUUUGCUCAAAUAAAGAUAUAAUUAAAUUGUUUUCUUUUAAAAGAUGGGCCUGGCUGAGAAUAGAACAUUCAGUUUUUUGCCUGAGUGUGGCGCUGUUCACUGCAAUUUUCUGGAUUCUCUUGCGACCAGAACAAAACUACUUAUACUCAACUAGAGAUUGAAAUUAAAGAUAGUAAUCGACGCUGAUUGUUCAGGACUUCUAUUUGAAACCCGGACUGCUCGGUGAAGCUCACUGAACUGGAUCGGGGUCUUCAAGGACCAAAAAUGUUGCUUUGCCAGCUGAGAAAAGCAGGCCCAAGAUCUUCUCUUCAAAGUGCAGAUGCACAAGGUGACAUCCCUUUGACACUUCUGCCAGUGGUCCUCCCACACCAGUCUACGAGAUUGGCAGGAAGACAUUCCGGCCCAGCUUCUAAGAGACCAGAAAGUCCUUAAUUGACUUGUAGCCUGUACAUUUAAAUAGUGGAUAGGCAUAGGGAGAUGGAUGGGGAAAUUAGAUGAUAGUGUUUGUAAGCCUUGAAUGAACAGAACACCACUCCAAUAUCUGUUAUGCAGAACUGCACACUCCAAGACAUUGUUGUGUAAAUGAACCUAUAGAUACUGUAGGCAGGGCCCUGAGUAUGGUACAGCCCAUUACUCAUAUGUUAGAUUGCCUACUUAUAACCUGACAACGGCUGUAUUUAUUUAAAAAAUAUAUAUAAUUCUAUAAACAUUUUGAAUGUGCUUGGUUGGUCACUUUGAACAUACUUCCAUGGUGUCUUAAUUAAUUAGAUACACUUUCAUCUAAAUGUAAAAUGUUAGUAUGAAUAGAUAAUGUACCUCAUGAUUAUCAGCUGAAAUGAUCAGCCUUUCUUAACUCGCUCUGCUUUUAAGAUGCUGAUGAUAAGCUGUUGCGUACCGUUUUUGUUUGAACCAUAGUGGGAGAAAAAGAAAACCAAAUGAAGUAUCAUCAACUGCUCAUGGACCAGGUUAGAAGAACCUCAUGGUUUCUGGUAAUUACGCUGCGAUGAUUAUGAUGGAAAGCUGUGAGCUCCUGUUACUCUACAUGUGUGUUCAAAGUACUUCAUCUCCGGUAACACUUGUUUGUAUCUAACUAGCUAUGUGUAUUGCUCAAAGCUUGCUAGUUAGCUUGUAGUAAGGACUAGUGCGCUGUAUCCAUACAAAUAACAACUAUAAUUUUCUUCUGCAUUUGGAUAUUUAUGCAAACAUGUCGAUUCCACCAAGUAGGUGUAGAUAAUGCCAUAAGCCAAUUUGGUAGGGUUGUCUCCCCAGCUGGUCUCCGGGAAGUUGAAAGGACAUUAAAACACCAUUUAAAAUUUUGCUACAUAAGACCGAAUUAAGCCGGUUGGUCACAUAUAGGCAAAAAUCUACUUCUCUAAUUACCUAGACUGUUCAAAGGCAGGCAAAGACUGGAAGUAGUUACGCAACGUAUCUAAAACUAGCGAAUUAGAUUGAGAUGAAUUUCUUUCACUAGCCAGCCAGAUAACAUAAGCUAACCGUCAAAAAAGCUAGGGGUAAACAAACAGUGACUUAAGUAUAAUGUGACAACUUACUGUCAGUGUUGGCAGGUCGGGUAACACAUUAGCGUGGCAGAAUAAGUAUCAUGCAAAUAAUUUGUUGUGACAACCAAGUAUGUUAAUAACGACACAUGAGGCUGCUGAAAACGUUUAUUGAAAUGACAAAAAAAUUGUCAGUAGUUUGCUGAAGAUGCCACCAUAGUUUGGCUAAUUACAUGGGAGUAAUGAGUACCCUACUGCUGUACCCUAAUCGGGGUGUGAUCACGUUAAGUCACACCUCCGUGUGUAUCUAUGAGCCUCCGCCCCAAAUUUAAUGGAAGAUGUAGGUAUCAAACAGGGAUUGUGUGUUUAUAUUUUCUUAAAUGGCUAUAUAGUAUACAAAAUAAAUUGUGAGUGGCAUUGUCAGUGUGCCUCCAUGCUUUGCACAAGUCAUCAUAUUCUAAAAUCUAACGGGUUGGGACCAACAUGGUUGAGUACCUGCACCAGGCGGAGGUGUCCAGAGUCCAGACCCUACCAAUUUGUGUUGGCUCUUGGGGACUGCUCACAGGUGUUUACAGUCAUUAGUGGACAGCCAUUUGAACAAGGUACAGUGCAUUGGAUGUGUCCUAUUAUGUGUUUGAUAUCAACUUUCCCAGCAUGGGAAUUCCUAUAGACCACGGUAUGUCAGCUGCCAGAAACAGAAUCCCCCACAGUAAAACUUUUUUUCCACUGUUUUUUCCACUGAACAAUAGUGGAUAUGUGUGCUCUUGUAUGUAGCAUGAGAAGUGAAAGGAAGAAGCAGGUGACUACUUUGAAGUCAAAAGUUUGGACACAUCUACUCAUUCCAGGGUUUUAUUUAUUUUUUACAAUUUUCUACAUUGUAGAAUAAUAGUGAAGACAUCAAAACUAAGAGCCUUAUUUGGCAAAAGACCAAGUCCAUAUCAUGGCAAGAACAGCUCAAAUAAGCAAAGAGAAACAACAGUCCAUCAUUACUUUAAGACAUGGUCAGUCAAUCUGGAAAAUUUCCAAAACUUUGAAAGUUUUUUUUUGUGUAGUUUUAACAUCAAGCGCUAUGAUGAAACUGGCUGUCAUGAGGACCGCCACAAGAAAGAUGGACCCAGAGUUACAUCUGCUGCAGAAGAUAAGUUCUUUAGAGUUACCAGCCUCAGAGGAGACUGAAUCAGGCCUUCGUGGUCAAAAUGCUGCAAAGAAACCACAACUAAAGAACACUUGCUUGGACCAAGAAAUGCACGCAAUGGACAUUAGACUGGUGGAAAUCUGUCCUUUCGUCUGAAUCCAAAUUUGAGAUUUUUGGUUCCAACCGCCGUGUCUUUGUGAGACGCAGAGUAGGUUAAUCGAUGAUCCCGGCAUGUGUGGUUCCCACCGUGAAGCAUGGAGGAGGAGGUGUGAUGGUGUUGGGGUGCUUUGCUGGUGACACUGUCAGUGAUUUAUUUAGAAUUCAAAGCACACUUAACCAGCAUGGCUACCACAGGAUUCUGCAGCAAUACACCAUCCCAUCUGGUUUUGUGCUUAGUGGGACUAUCAAUUGUUUUUCAACAGGACAAUGACCCAACACACCUCCAGGCUGUGUAAGGGCUAUUUGACCAAGAACGAAAGUGGAGUGCUGCAUCAGAUGACCUGACCUCACCAAUCACCAGACCUCAACCCAAUUGAGAUGCUUUGGACCGCAGAGUGAAGGAAAAGCAGCCAACAAGUGCUCAGCAUAUGUGGAAACUCCUUCAUGACUGUUGUAAAAGCCUUCCAGGUGAAGCUGGUUGAGAGUGCCAAGAGUGUACAAAACUCAUCAAGGCAAAGGGUGGCUACUUUGACGAAUCAAAAAUAUUUGUUUAACACUUUUUUUGGUUACUACAUGAUUCUAUAUGUGUGUUCCAUAGUUUAUGACUUCACUAUUAUUCUACAAUGUAUAUGUUUCUGGGAUGGCACUGCUCCUUCUCACUCCAUCUGACCUGACCUCGGGCCAAAUUCCUCACUCCUCCCUAAUCCACGACUGUCCUACCUUAUCAGUGACUGGAACCAGACUGUUGCCCUUUGCCUCCCUCCUUAGGAGCCAUGAGAUUUAACAAUACCAUGUUUUGACAGAAUGUAAAUUUUCUGCACUCCCACUUGUCUCACUCAGUAACUUUCCAUACACCUAGUUGUUAUCCACCCUCCAUUGACCACCAACAUAUACAUUCCUUAUACAUGUAAAGUAAUCAAUAAGUUCUGGUAUGGUAACAUGAAUAAGUAUAUUUCAAGCUAGCAUCCAAGAGUCCCUCCAUUUUGAAUAGUAACGGCAUACUGUUCAACAUUUAUAUAAACUUUUAAAUUAUUAAAUGAAGAGAAAAUAACAUUAUUAACAUUCUCAGUUGAUUGGUAUGUUUACACCUUCGAGACUUACAGUUGAAGUCGGAAGUUUACAUACACUUAGGGUGGAGUCAAACUCGUUUUUCAACCACUUCACAAAUUUCUUGUUAAAAAAACAAUAGUUUUGUCAAGUCGGUUAAGACAUCUCCUUUGUGCAUGACAAGUAAUUUUUCCAACAAUUGUUUAGACAUUAUUUCACUUAUCACUGUAUCACAAUUCCAAUGGGUCCAAUUCCAAAGUUUACAUACACUAAGUCGACUGUGCCUUUUACACAGCUUGAAAAAUUCCAGAAAAUUGUUAUGGCUUUAGAAGCUUCUGACACCAUUUGAGUCAAUUGGAGGUGUACCUGUGGACAUUUUUCAAGGCCUACCUUCAAACUCUCUCUUUGCUUGACAUCAUGGGAAAAUUAAAAAUAUCCCAAGACCUCGGAAAACUAAUUGUAAACCUCCAAGUCUGGUUCAUCCUUGGGAGCAAUUUCCAAAUGCCUGAAGGUACCACCUUCAUCUGUACAAACAAUAGUAUGCAAGUAUAAACACCAUGGGACCACACAGCCGUCAUUCCGCUCAGGAAGGAGACGCGUUCUGGUGCGAAAAGUGCAAAUCAAUCCCAGAACAGCAAAAGACCUUGUGAAGAUGCUGGAGGAAACGGGUACAAAAGUAUCUACAGUUGAAGUCAGAAGUUUACAUACACCUUAGCCAAAUACAUUUAAACUUUGUUUAUCACAAUUCCUGACAUUUAAUCCUAGUAAAUAUUCCAUGUCUUACACGGAACCCAAACAGGCUUCGCGCUUGCGCCAUCGUGCGCUAUCGUGCAUAAAUUCAUUUUGCCCCCCCACACCAAACGCGAUCACGACACGAAGGUUAAAAUAUCAAAACAAUGACAUUAAUUUUGGGACAGGUCGAAAAGCAUUAAACAUGAAUGGCAAUUUAGCUAGUUAGCUUGCACUUGCUAGUCUUUCAACACCCACGUGGGUAAAACCAAUGAGGAGAUGGCACGUGGGUACCUGCUUCUAUAAACCAAUGAGUAGAUGACUUUCAGCGUGAUCUGCGUCAGAAAUAGACUUCUAUUUUAGCCCUUGGCGUCGCAGACGCGAGCAAUAAUUGAAUAACAUGGAUUUCUACAUUUAUUUUGCGACGCUCGCGCACGCGACGUGUCAGGUCGGCAUGUUAGGAUGAUGUCAUGUCUAUGAUAAUAUGGCAAAAAUAGCUAGCUAGCUGACCAACAACAGUAACAAUGUAUUUGAGAGACAAGAGCUCAUUGAGCAAAUGUAUGUCUUCAAUAAAACAUAGGAGACUAAAUAUAGUUUACAUGUCAACAAUUUAAGCCAACCCCUUCUGUUCUGCCGCUAAACAACCAACCCAUCUAUACAAACACUGGGGCGUCAAAUAAGGGAAUGUAGCCUACUUACUGUUGUCACGAACCGGCUCAAAGUCCGUAACAAAAAGGGAGACAACCUGGAGAAAAGGAGUAACAAAAUAUAUAUUUAUUAACUAAAGUAACUAAGUAUAAUAUACAAUGGUGUGUGUAAGUGAGUGUUUUGCAUGCAUGAAUGUGAAUGCGGUGUGUUGAAAGGUGCUAAAGCAAACAACCAAAAAGUCACAAAAAAACACAACAAAAAUCUAUCAAGGUGUCUGCAUGGAGAGACUCUCUCCAUCUGCAUGGAGAGACUCUCUCCAUGAAUGGGGAAGUGGUGUAUUUAUCCUGGGAGACACGGGGCCCAGGUGUCUCCCAUGUAGCUGACGACCCUCCCAACUCCGCCCACCGACAUCCUAAUAAGGAAACAAGAACACAGAGAGAAUACUGCAGACAGAGUGGGAGGGUCGUCACACUGUUCAGAUAGGAUACUAUUCCAUUUAACCCGACUGAAAUUACUGUAGGUCUAUAACCUCCUACAUAGUCUAAUAUAAUAUGAAUUAAGCAUUUCUUCCAUUAAAAUAAUACACCACAUGUACAUUUUUACUCCGGAGCAGGAGUGGAGAAAUGUAAUUUAUUUAUUUCAGCAACUUCAGAAAAUGAAUGCGCGGAUAGGUGGUAUCAUUAUCAACGUCAUAAAAGCUGAUAGUAUUUCAACUAGAGCAGGGGUGUCAAACAUACGGCCCGCGGGCCGGAACCGGCCCCCAAGGAGGUUCGAUCAGGCCCGCAGGAUAAUUUGAAAGUGGAAAAAAUGCAUAAAAGAGAUGGAAUUAAUAUUUUUAAUUCGCUGCAAUUCAUGGAUUAUCCGCUAAGGGGCGCACUCUUUCCAUCAGAGUAGAAGACAAGCCGCAUCACUGAGACAGACUGAAAACAGCAGACGGUAUCAAUGCGCCAUCUGCUGCUUGUUACGACGUUGUUAAUACCUUGGUCUCUACCUCUCCGCUACACCCUCAUUAGCCAAAAUGUCGUUAUCCAAACGGAGAAAAGUAGAUAAGGAGUGUAGAAUUUUCAAAGAAAAAUGGACCACGUCCUAUUUAUUUACAGAGAUGCACGGAAAACCUUCGUGCUUGGUGUGUUUGCAACAAGUUUCGGUAUUGAAGGAAUAUAAUAUUCGACGCCACUACGAGACUCAUCACAGCGAAAAAUAUGACGGCUUGCAAGGACAACUGAGAAGAGAUAAGAUUAACGAAUUGCUGGCGGGUCUGAGGAAACAGCAGUCAACUUUCAUCCAGAGCCGAGAAGUCAGUGAAGCAGCGGUAAAAGCCAGCUACCUAAUUGCUAGCGAAAUAGCAUUAGCAUCGAAGCCGUAUUCCGACGGUGACUUUGUUAAACGAUGCAUGAUGAAGGCGGCUGAACUUGUAUGUCCCGAGAAGCGACAAGCUUUUGCCAAUAUUAGCCUGACGAGGAAUACUAUAGCAGAGAGGAUUUCGGAACUAUCGGCAGAUUUAGACAGUCAAUUGAAACAGAGAGUCAAGUCAUUUAUUGCAUUUUCCGUGGCAAUUGACGAGAGCACUGACAUCACAGACGUGGCCCAACUGGCCAUAUUUAUUCGAGGAGUUGAUGAGACAUUGACUGUUACUGAAGAGUUUCUUGAGUUGGUGCCAAUGAUGGACACCACAACAGCUGAGGACAUUUUCGGCUCUGUCGUUGCUGCAUUGGACAGAGUUGGAGUGGACUGGUCCCGCGCUGUCAGCCUGGCUACAGACGGCGCGCCAUCCAUGGUCGGAAAGAAAGCAGGUGUCGCGACAAAGUUCAAAGACAAAGUACAAGCCCUUAAUGGAGAUCGUUUCUGGACAUUUCACUGUAUUUUGCACCAGGAGGCAUUGUGUUGCAAGUCGCUGAAAAUGGACCACGUCAUGGAAGUGGUUGUUCGCACUGUAAAUUUCAUCCGGUCCAGAGGUCUGAACCAUCGUCAGUUUGACAAACUUCUCAGCGACAGCAACAUUACCCACAGCCUGCCAUACCACACUGAAGUGAGAUGGUUAAGCCGAGGCGCUGUGCUGAGGCAUUUCUUUGAUCUACGAGAGGAAAUCGGACAGUUCAUGGAGAAAAAAGGAAAACCGGUGUUGGAAUUACAAUCUCAGGAAUGGCUACGGGACCUUGCAUUCUUGGUUGAUAUUACUGAACACUUGAACAAUCUGAACAAAAUGUUGCAAGGCCGCAAAAAAGUUGUCACCCAGUUUUCUGACAACAUACAUGCAUUUAAGUUGAAGCUGACUUUGUGGGAGAUGCAACUGGCAAAUGGCAACCCUGCUCAUUUCCCCUGUCUGAGAGAUGUGUGUGUGACCAGACCUGAUGCGGACAUGAAACGGUACAAAGACAAAAUUGCAGGACUACUGCGGGAGUUUGAGAAACGUUUUCAGGUAUUUGGUGAACUUGAGACAGAAUUUUCAGUUUUUCGCUCACCUUUCACAGUUAAUAAAGCUUCUGAUCUGCCGGUCGAAAUUCAGCUAGAGAUAAUUGAUUUGCAGUGUGAUGCAGAUUUGAAGGGCAAAUUUGCCUCUGUAGGUCUGGACAGAUUUUAUCAGUAUCUACUACCAGGGUACCCCAAAUUAACAGCCCUGGCUGCUAAAAUUUUGUGCAUGUUUGGGACAACCUACCUUUGUGAACAAAUUUUCUCAGUGAUGAAUAUCAAUAAAACAAAAAUGCGUUCAAGGCUCACAAACAAGCACUUAAAUGACAUUCUGAAAGUGACAGCUAGUCAGGACAUGACACCUGGUGUUGAUGCACUUGUACAGGCCAAAAGAUGCCAAGUUUCAGGAACAAAUACAAGUCCAGACUAGACUAACACCUUUAAAAUGCUGCCUUAGAUACUGUUUGCAUUUAAAGAAUACAGCUCUGUGAAGAUGAAUCCUUACUGUGGUGAUUUAAAAAAUGUGCACUUUAAUGUUAGUCAGCAGCUUCAAAACAAAAGUUGUGUGAUGGAAUUCUACUGUUCAUACAACUCCAUCAAUUUUCAGUAUGUAUUGUAUGUGUAUGUAUGUUUCAUGUAUGAAGUUUACAGAUUUACAGGACAGGCGAACACUUUCUUCAUUACACAUUUAAAAUCACUCUCCUUAGUUUGUAAGGUGUACGCAGGGAUUACAUUUAGAUUUUAUAUGCGUAUGUGUAAGUGGUUUAAAAAUUCCUUUCUUUAAAAGUCUCAUUUAAUCUUAAAGUGCAUUACUAUAUUUUUCAGUACCAAUUAAAGUUUUGUGCUUUUGUACAAUCAGUGGGAUCAGUUGCAAUGCAUAUUUGUGAAUGAUAAAAGUAAAUUGCACAUUUGUCUAAGGAAAUAUGAGGUGUUUCAUGAAAUGUUUUGUAAAAGGAUAGUUCAUUAAAUUUCAAUAUUUUCCUAAUGUUCUUGUGCUUCUUUACACCAAAACAAAGGAAAGACAUGAUAUUUUGGUUAUUUAUAGCAGAGUAUGGUAUAAUUUUAAU